AUGCGUUUUGUUGGUGAAUGUUCUCACUGUUUUAGCAAUAGAAACCAGAGAAAAUUGUGCUCAAAUACAUCAACAGGUAACAAAUGUAUUUUUGGUGUUAAAUUUUCAUCUAAAAUGUCAUAUGGAAAUCAGACUCAGACUCUUAACAUCACUGCUGAACAACAGUAUCAGGGAUUACUGGAAAGAGUGGUGUUUUCCACACUGAUUGGAAUGCCAUGCUGUCUGUUCCUCUUCAUUAAUGGGAUCAUGUUAUUCACCCUGAGGAGUAAAGCUGUGUUUCGUGAGACCUGCCGUUACAUUCUUUUGUAUAAUCUCCUUUUUGCAGACACUGUUCUGCUGGCAUUGAGUCAGUUAAUGUACAUAAUGGCAGUUUCUAGAAUAUUUCCAACAUAUCCUGUAUGUGGUGUUCUCAGCAUGCUUAACAGACUCACAAAUGAAAUCUCCCCUCUCACACUGGUGGUGAUGUGUUUGGAGAGAUAUAUAGCUGUGUGCUACCCACUGAGGCAUGCUACCAUCAUCACUGUCAGAAACACAGCAGUAGCUAUCAUUGUGGUUUGGGCUUUUAGUUCACUAAAUGUCCUCAUUCGAGUUCUUUUGCUGUUAAAUUUUCCAUUUGAUCAGCUGCAGAGCUUGCAGAUGACAGAUGUUUGCUCUGGCAUAGCAAUGUUACUUGGGCCAAUGUCUGAUAUUUAUGACAAAGCAUAUACUGGUUUUGUGUUUGUAUCAGCUGGUGUGGCAGUCACUUGCUCCUAUGUUGGUGUGAUGGUAGCAGCCAGGUCAGCCUCCACAGACAAAGCUUCAGCUCAUAAGGCUCGUAACACAGUGCUGCUGCAUCUGGUGCAGCUGGGCAUCACUCUUUUGUCGACUAUGCAUGACCCUAUUAUUGUAUCACUCUCAACAACCUUACAAAGAUUAAUAAUUGUACGCAUCAAGAGUAUUUUUUAUGUGUUUAUUUAUAUUCUCCCAAGAUGUCUGAGUUCUUUCAUCUAUGGGCUCAGAGAUCAAACUAUCAGACCUGUCCUCAUGUACUAUCUCUGCUGUCGACUGAAACGUCUCCACAAAGGCUGA